CACUGCAUAUUAACACCUAAAUAAAGAGGCAAGAAGAAGAGGCGAGUGACGUCAGUCCAGGGGCGCCAAAUCCGCUGCAAACAGAAAUACAACAAGUUGUGUAGAGUGUUAUCACUGUCUAAAUCGCUGUCAUGGACCUCAGCCCAUUUGAAGCCGACAACUCUGUGAGCUGCAGACUGACCUCUCAGAUCCCUGAGGUGUGCCGGACAGAGGACUGCUGUUUGGGGAUCGACGAGGCGGGCAGAGGGCCUGUGCUGGGGCCCAUGGUGUAUGGAAUAUGUUUCUGUCCAGUUUCCAAAAAGGAGGAGCUAAAGGAAUUAAAAGUGGCAGAUUCAAAGACUCUAUCAGAGCCAGAAAGAGAGAAUCUUUUCCAAAAACUGGAUGAAGCCAAAAGUUUUGUAGGCUGGGCUCUUCAGAUUCUCUCGCCAAACACCAUCUCUACUAGCAUGUUACAGAGGACAAAAUACAACCUGAACGCCCUUUCACAUGAUACAGCAAUUGGUCUGGUACAGUAUGCAUUGGACAGUGGAGUUCAACUCAAAGAGGUAUUCGUGGACACAGUCGGCCCAGCAGAGAAGUAUGAGGACAAACUCUCGAAGCUGUUCCCAGGUAUCGAGGUGACUGUGAGGCCAAAGGCAGACUCCCUAUUCCCCAUCGUCAGUGCUGCCAGUAUCUGUGCCAAGGUGGCCAGGGAUCGUGUUGUAAAGGGCUGGAACUUUGCUGAGGAUCUUGGAGAGGUGGAUGCAGACUACGGCUCAGGAUACCCCAAUGACCCCAAGACUAAAGCGUGGCUGCUGAAGUACCAGGACCCAGUCUUUGGUUACCCGCAGUUUGUUCGAUUUAGUUGGAGCACUGCCCAAACCCUGUUGGACAGCAAGGGCGUGACUGUCCACUGGGACGAUGAUGAAGAGGAUGGGGAGAAGGCGGCUCAGCGACAGAACAACAAGUCCAUGUUGGCCUACUUCAGUGCAUCAGCUGGAGGUAACAGCCAAAAGGCGACCCACCAGACACACCGCUUCUUCACUGAGCGGAGGCUGAAGAGCCUCGACACACUCUGAGGAAAACACAGUAGAGGACACGUACACACAUACAGGAACUCAUAACCUCUGUAAAGGAGCCCAAACAGCCAGUCUUCGGGACAGAUGUGGACUUCAACGACACACUUUAUGUUUGCAUCACAGACGGAGACAUAAAUGAAAAUUUGAUCUGCUGAAUCUGUUUUUUUUAUACAUAAAAGUAAAGUUUAAAAUCAUG